AUGCUAAACAAGUUAGAUGGCGAAAAUACAACUAUCACACUGGACUCAUUGUCAAGGGAAUGCCAACGAAUGCUGAACCUCAAAGCUGAUACUGCACUCAUCGAAAAUCAACAGAGCGUGCCCGUCAGCAAGGUCAAAGCAAAUACAAAGCAGAAAAAGGAGAGGAAAUUCGACACGGGGUCUGAUAUUACAAUUAUAUCAAAGCAUACGUUCGACACUUUCAACAUUGAGGAAACAGAGGCAGUCGACCGAUCAGCACGUAGUGCAACAGGCAAGCUGCCCCUCACUUCCCAAUUCACAUGCUCAGUUAGCUUUCAAGGAGAAGAAAAAUCGCUUACUUGUCGUGUGUCAUCCGGAUCCGAUCUCAACGUUAAGGGACUUGAUUGGAUGGAUGCUUUUAAUUUAAAGGAUCAGCCAAUAAAUUCAGUCUGCAAUCAAGUACAGAAUUUUCAGGGGAGUGUUGAUAAAUCAGCAAUUAAAACUUGCAGUGCUCAAUUGAAGUUAUCUUUUCCAGAUGUGUUCGAUGGCAAGAUGGGACUCUGCAACACGACGAAGGCCGUAUUGCAGACGAAGCCCAAUGUUCAGCCAGUUUUCAGACCAAAAAGUCCAGUUGCUUACGCCAUGCAACAGCUCGUUGAAACGGAAUUACAACGUCUACAGGAUUGCGAGAUCAUAUCACCUGUUACUUACUCGGAUUGGGCAGCACCCAUUGUUGUCAUAAAAAAAGCAACCGGCGGCAUACGACUGAGCUCAGAUUUUUCAACUGGACUGAACGAGCGUCUCGAAUCACAUCAAUAUCCCUUGCCUUUACCUGAAGACAUAUUUUCGAAAUUGGCAAAUUCAAAAUACUUCAGCCAUUUUCAUUUAUCGGAUGCUUUUUUACAAAUCGAAGUAGAUGACGCUUCAAAGCACUUACUUACAAUAAACACACAUAUCGGAUUGUUCCGGUACAACCGAAAGCUAUUUGGCGUUAAAACAUUUCCGGCCAUAUUCCAACAGAUCAUGGACCAGAUACUUUUAGACAUACCAAGGGUAGCAGCCUAUAUUGACGACAUUUUUGUAUCCGGCAAUAACCAAAUUGAGCAUAAAUAUUAG